AUGGGUUUGCCUCGGGGGUGGCUGGCUGGGAGCGGAGCCGCGGGGCAGCGGGAAACACAGGCAGAGGGAAAUACGGGCAGAGGGAAAGACGGGCAGAGGGAAUCCUUCAGCUACUCGGAAAACGUCCGAGGGCGGGAGCGUCCCGGCAGCAGCGCAGGCUGGAGGCGCUCCCGGCCGGCCGGGAGGGUGAUAUGGGCGGGCGGGCGGGCGGGCAGGGGGUUGGCGGGGCCGGUCGGCCCGAGCGGCCGUCGGCGAGUCCCCCCCGGGGGUUGCGGGGGGUCCCCCCGCCCCGCGCUUGCCGGCGCGGCCGCGCGGGGUGGCGCCAUCGGCCCGGGAGCGGCGCGAGCCCCCGCGCACCGCGAGCCCCCGCCCCGGGCAGGGCGGCGGCGCCGCGGGAGAGGGGGGCGGCGGGGUAGCGCCCCGGGACGGCGCCCGCGCGGGGCCUGGGGUGCGCUCCUCCCCGCGCCGGCCCGGCGGGGAGCAGCUGCCGUUCGGGGCGGGAGGAGGAGGGAAGGGGCCCGGGGCGGCUGGGGCGGCGCGGGCAGAGGCGCGCAUGAGCCGGCCGGGAGCAACGGGAGCUGCCCGGGCUGCCGGCUGGAGGGGGCCGGCGGCGGGGGCCGCCCGGGCCUGGCGGGCGCCGUGCUUAUCUUCACCAUUCGUGCGGGCUGCCGUCGGGUUCCCGGCUCGCUCUCUGUCCGUCCCGUCCCGCUGCUGCUGUCCUCCGACUUUUCGAAACUUCUGUCCCCCAGAGGCAGCUGCACGUGGAGGAGCCCGAACUCAGGCAACAUCUUUGUCGUCAGUUUGUCCGUCGCAGACCUUGUGGUUGCAGUUUAUCCAUACCCUCUGAUCUUGAGUGCCAUCUUCCAUAAUGGAUGGACCAUGGGAAAUGUCCACUGCCAGAUAAGCGGGUUCCUGAUGGGCUUAAGUGUCAUCGGGUCCAUUUUCAACAUCACGGCGAUCGCAAUCAACCGCUAUUGCUACAUCUGCCACAGCCUUCGGUACGACAAGCUCUUCAACCUGAAGAACACCUGCUGCUAUCUCUGCCUGACCUGGAUACUCACGGUGGUGGCCAUUGUGCCAAACUUCUUUGUUGGUUCCUUGCAGUAUGACCCCCGGAUUUACUCCUGCACCUUUGCCCAGACGGUGAGUACGUCCUACACCAUCACAGUGGUGGUCGUUCACUUCAUCGUCCCGCUGUCCGUCGUGACGUUUUGCUACCUACGGAUCUGGAUUUUAGUGAUUCAGGUCAAACACCGGGUGAGACAAGACUGCAAGCAGAAGCUCAGAGCAGCUGACAUCCGGAACUUCUUGACUAUGUUUGUGGUUUUUGUCCUUUUUGCUGUGUGCUGGGGACCAUUAAACUUUAUUGGCCUUGCCGUUUCCAUUAAUCCUUCAAAAGUGCAGCCACACAUUCCAGAAUGGCUUUUUGUCCUGAGCUAUUUUAUGGCCUAUUUCAACAGCUGCCUCAAUGCUGUGAUCUAUGGGCUUCUUAACCAGAAUUUUAGGAAGGAGUACAAAAGGAUAUUGCUGACACUGUGGACUCCCAGGUUGCUGUUCAUCGACGUGUCCAAGGGCGGGACAGAAGGGAUGAAAAGCAAGCAUUCUCCAGCCAUAACAACCAACAACAACCACGCUGAAAUACACUUAUGAGUCAGGACAUACUAUUUAUUCUGGAUUACAAUUGUAUAUAUAGUAUAUAAGAGCCUUUCUAGCUGUGUGCAUUGCACAGCUGGUGUUGCCUGGCCCCUCGUGCAAGGAAGGAGUCUGCUACCUUUCAUGCUUAGCUUCCUGCUGCAGCAUCAAGGCUUCGAGUGAGGAAUGUCAGAAUGGAAAGGACUGAUUUUUUUUUCAUGUGCCGUCUUUCACUGUGUGCCUCAUUAAUAGGUUUGGUUGCUUUUGCCACAAGCAUGCCAAUACCCCAAAAGGGAAGCGUUCAGAGUGCAUGGAGAAAUGCAGUUAUGCUUGAAAUGCAACCUUCAGGAGACAGCAAAAUUGCCAUUUAUUACACGUAAACCUUUCUCCCCUCCCUCUGAAUUCUAUUUUUCUAGCAUUAGCUUAACCCAUACUAUAUAAACUGAAGUUUAAACUGCAUGGCUUUUUACCUUUUAGUUAGGUAAAGGCUGUAUUAGCCAGCAGGCAUACGUAUGGGCCUGGUGACUUCCACUGUGUGUGCGCGUUCACUUCCCUUUUUCUUUCCUCUUAAGAUUUAGAAGCAAGCCUGGACUAGAUGUGAGGCAGGCAGAAUCCAGACCAGUGAGUGUCUGAUGCACUCAUUUUAAUUGAAUAUCUACAAAUAUUAAGUACCCUUGCACUCUCCUUCCCAGGCCAUGAGUAAGAAUACAACGUAUGACAUAAUCUAAUUGCAGGAAGAUACUUGGAGCCUGAUUCUAAUUUAGGCAGUAUCCUGUCAUAGCCAGCAUUCAUUCCAAAUGUCUCUUACAAGUCACUGCUACAUGAACAUCAUAAAAAAAAAAAAAAGAACAUAGCAGAGUCCCAUCUGUGUAAUGCAGAUGCUGGCUUUUAGGUUCCAGUACCAUUUACACUUGGAGGAAAAGGGAGAAGGGGAAGGCAAUGUUCCAAAAAUCCUUGCUUUUGCCCACCACAGAACAUGAAUUUGCUGUGGGGAGAAAAAGUGGACUUUUUUUUUAUUUUAUUCAUGUAUAAAACUGUAAUUAACGCAUGGAACUGGGAGACAAAAGCUACUUAAGCAUAAUUAUGCAUCAAUUCUGUUAAAGCCUGAAGUGUGCUAUCUGUAUGAUUGGAAACAAUGUCCUGAAGUGCUGGGGAGUCCACUAUCAUGUUAGAAACAAACACAUGGGCAAAGAUAAGGCUAUUUCUUUAAUGGAGCGUGUGUGAUGGCAGCUCUCUGUAAAUAUGAUGACUUCUUUGUUUUCUUAGUUUCAUUGUGAAUUCAUCUCUUUAUGCUUUUAAAUAUGUGGAUCUUGCUUUGAAACUGUCCCAUAAGAUCAACAGGUAAAACUCCCCCUGGUGUAACUGUGCCUUCAGGCUAGCACACCUGACUUAGUGCAGGUGCACCGAGUGGCACAGUGGGGAGAGGAGCAGGUCUGAGCCCCCGGCGAGGACAGCAGGCAGCCCUGCCCCUGGUUGAAGACAGUGGUCUUUUCUCUUUGGUUCUAGUCAAAGCAGGACUAGUUCCCAGGGCUGAACCCUGAAACACUUGAGACCAGACUUUGCAGUAUCAUGUAGGCACCUGGAGAUGGAGGCACGUAGGAUUUCCCAAACCCCUGGCCGGGCUGUGUGCCUAAUCCACAGUGAAGAUAGCGAGCCAUUUGUGCGUUGCUUGCUUAAAGCAACUUGCUGCUGAAUGUUUGUUCUGCUGAUUUUUGGGGGGAAGAGGAGUUGAGAGAAGUUAAGCCCCUUCAGUAAGUGGGCCAAGAAACUCUGCAUGAGUUCUACAGUGUGCCUGCUGCCAUGUGGGGUCUCUGCAGUACCAGGGGGGUCCCUGCAUUUGUAGAGCGCCCUGGCACUUUAUGAAGUUUCAAACUUGAACAUCUCAGCCACUUCAGAUGAUUGUUGUUUUAAAAUGCACUGCAGCCAGCCUCCCAUAAUAGGAAUCAAACAGAGUUCUGUUUUGGCCUCUUAAUAUGCCUGAGCAUGGCCAAAUAAAGGUAUUUUGACCCUCAGAAAAAAACAUGGUCCGUUCGCCUUCCAGAAAAACCACCCUGGGUGAAUUCACACCAUUCCAUGCAAGCAAAAUCAUUUGGAGUUAAACUAGGAUAAGAAAAGCACUGAGGAAUCCAUAACUGCAGGGAGUGUUUGUCCUGUUUCGCCAGGGAGAUGUCCUGUGUUCCAUGACUAGUCUUCAAAGUCAUUUGCAAUUAGCCACGACAGUGUUAGUUAGACUCACAUUAGCAAAUAAUUUGAGGCAUCUAGCGCCAAGGGAAACGUACUCCUUUAAGACAAUCAUGAAGAAUCUUGUGCAUGUUUGCCAAAUAUCUCAGAUACCCCAAAACUGGGGUUUCAUCUUUAUGGAUCCUUGUCUUUUUAACUGAAUGUUCAGUGAAGGCAAUGUGGUUUGUUUUUUUUUUUUAAUUUAAGCUUGUAUUUGCACUAUUUCUUAUUCAGGCUCCGAAGUAACAGCCAGCAAGUAUUUGAACCAAACCAAGUCCAAAGAGGUCCCAAACAGGCAAGCUGUGAGAGUCCCUGCUACACCUGGUAGGAAGG